AAUUGAGCGACAUCUAAAUGCAAAACUUCGGGGCUUACAAUUUUAAAAUCACGGAAAAUAUAUGCGCAGAAUAGUGUAGUUUCAUUCAAGUUUUGCGCAACGUGCAUGUGCCAGUACAUUUUUUCAAAGCACAAUUUUGUCUUUUUUACUCUAGUUUUAGUCCAAUAUAUUUAUCUUUCUAAUGUAUUUAUAAUCUUAUAUAUACCAGGAACACACCAGGUUGGUCCCGAGAUUGCCACAAGCUGACAAAGUCAUGGUCAUGGAAACUCCUAGUCCACAAUGCGUUGGCCGCGAAUUUGUGAGACAGUAUUAUACCUUACUGCAUGAGGCCCCUCUACACUUACACAGAUUUUACAGCCACAAUUCUAGUUUUGUACAUGGAGGUGUGGAAAAACCAGGUGAAGAACAGCCACCAAUUAUGGGGCAAGGGGAAAUUCACAAGAAAAUCAUGUCAUUGAAUUUCCGAGACUGUCACGCCAAAAUUCGACAAGUAGACAGUCAGGCCACCGUGGGAAGUGCUGUUGUUGUACAGGUGACUGGAGAGUUGUCAAAUAAUGGACAACCUAUGAGACGGUUCAUGCAGACUUUUGUACUGGCUCCACAGUCCCCCAAAAAGUACUAUGUCCAUAAUGAUAUUUUCCGCUACCAGGACGAGGUUUUCCACGAUGAUGACCCUGAGGGAGAACAACAGGAACAGGAAGUGGAAUCCUCUCAGAUGUUAAACUUUGAAGAGAUUGGCGUUGAUUCAGAGCCAGAGGUUGACCAAUCACAGAUGCAGAGUCAACCUGAGGCUGUUCAAGACCCAACUGUUACAUCAUACUUCGAACCCCAGCAGCCCCAACUUAGCAAUGGGACUGGCCACCUUGAGGAGCGACCUGAGACACCAGAGGAGGCUCCCGUUGAGCCAGAACCUCAGCCAGAAGAGGAGCCAAUCCCCGAGCCACCAGCACCUGUCAAACAGGAGCUUGAACCAGAAGCUGAGCCAGUGGAUGAGACUCCCAAGACAUUCUCCUGGGCCGGAAUUGCAAGGAAGAAUACUCCUGGCUCCCAGCAAGUUGCCGCUGCGCCUCAGCCGGCUAAGCCUGCUCCCAUUAAACCUGCAGACGUACGUAACGAUACUGGUCCAGGAGGCAGUGCACCACUGCCACAGAGGUCUCAAAGGCCCCCUGCGCGAGAGAAUCGAGACAAUAGAGGCCGCCCCAGGGAUAGGGAUGGGGAUGCAGACUCAGAUGGAGGACGACGUGGCAUACGUUACCCGGACAACCAACAACUGUUUGUAGGCAAUUUACCAAUAUCAAUAACGGAGGAUGAAUUGGCCACCUUGAGGAGCCAAAUAAAAAAACAUUUUGAAACUUAUGGUGAAGUUCUAGAACUACGAAUCAACAGGAAAACAGGGGGCGAUAAAGUACCAGGGUUUGGCUUUGUGGUUUUUAAGGAACCUGGGCCAGUUCAAAGAAUUUUGGGAGAAAAACCUAUAAUGUUCCAAGGCCAUCGCUUGAAUGUAGAGGAGAAGAAACAACGCAGCGAGACCGGAGGAAGACCAGGGAGUGGCACCAGGAGUGGACGUGGUGGAAGUCUUGGCCCCAGGGGUCCAGGAGGUCCUGGAGGGCCUCGAGGAGGUGGAUUCUCCGGCCCUAGACGUUAG